AUGGCAAGAGCAAUAGAACCUCUCAUUGCUGGGAGAAUCAUAGGAGAUGUUCUUGAUUCUUUCACACCAACCAUGAAAAUGUGUGUCACUUAUAAUAACAGGGAAGUCUGGAAUGGACAUGAACUCUAUCCAUCCACAGUUGUUGCCAAACCUAAGGUUGAGGUCCAAGGAGGUGACAUGAGAUCUUUCUUUACAUUGGUCAUGAUAGAUCCAGAUGUUCCUGGUCCUAGUGAUCCUUAUUUGAGGGAGCACCUGCACUGGGUAGUAAGCAACAUCCCAGGAACAACAGAUGCGACAUUUGGAAGGGAGGCAGUGAGCUAUGAAAUUCCAAGGCCUAACAUAGGGAUCCACAGGUUUGUGUUUGUUCUAUUCAAGCAAAAACGAAGACAGAUAAUAAGCCCACCUUCUUCAAGGGAUAACUUCAGCACUCGAAAUUUCGCUGCUGAAAACGAACUUGGUCUUCCUGUGGCUGCUGUUUUCUUCAAUGCACAAAGAGAAACUGCUCCAAGAAGACGCUAA